AAUUGUGUUCAUACCCAAUUUUUCUGGUUUGAUUCUUCAGAUUUGUCAUCUUUAUAUUGUGCAAUGCUAACAUUGCUCUAACUAGAAGAUUAUUGUUUGAAUUGUAAAAAUGUAUAUUUGUUGCUAGAAAGGGAAAGACAGCUUACUGCCAACAACCAAGCCAUAGUCUCAAACUAAUUGGGAUUGGCUAUAUGAUCUUUCUCUAGCCCUCAAGAUGCAUUAGGGUGCCCUUAAAUUUAUAGGGCUAUGUUUGGUAUGGAACUAUAGGAGAGAAUAAAUCUCCAAUACCAGUAGAAUCAUAGUUAAAGCUAAAAUUUGUCAACUAAGGUGAUUUGGUUGAAUAAAAGUGGUUAAUGGCUGCAGCUGGAAAGACAGACCUGAGACUGAGAGUCGCUUUUCUUAGUGUAUACAUACAUCAACAUACAGAUUCCAGAAACUGAGUUUGGACAAAUGUUUUAUAAUUGUCUUAUAAUUAUGUUUUAUAAUUGUUAGUGCUAUAGAGUACUAGAGAGUGCUAUAUCAUGAUAAAAUGAAGUUCAUCGUUAACUAAAGGUGCCAAGAAGUGAGCUUUUGAAGGGGUAAACCAUUAUUAAACUUGUUUUCUUGUCGUUUUGGGGUUAGGCUCCUUCUCGUUAAUGCAAUACUAAUCUAAUUGUCUACGAAGCUUAAAUUUGUUAACUAUAAUUAAAAUAACCGCAAAUAAUAGAAGGCAAUCAUUUAGCAGCAGCAAACGGACCAGGAAGCAAUAUAGAUUUGCAAUCUACACAAUACUUUCUUUUAAAAUAAGUUUUUGUAUUCGUAAGCCACAAGUUAAGGUCAAUGCACAUGCAAGUGUGAUAAUUUAUUUAAUCUAUUUUGAGGAAUGAGGGAAGAACCUUUUUUUAGUUAAUUAAGUAUUUAUAUUCAUUAAAGGAUAAAAUUUGAUUAACAAAGUGUUAGUUUGAGCGAUAAAAAAUAUCAAUUCUCGUAAAAUUAAAAACACAAAUUCUUUCAAAAAGUGCACUUACCAUAAGGAUUACGAUUUAAAGAAAUUACACCUCCUAACUGUACAAAAAGAGAUAAAAUUUAAGCAACAUUGUCUAAUAUCGUAUUUUCCACUAAAAUUCCACGUUAGUUGCACAUGAUUUUAAGUGUUUUCGCUACUUGUCGAAACACAUGUCUCAAUCAUCUUUUCGAAAAAAUUUAGAUAUGGAUUGAAAAUGUUUUCUAUUUAUACAUCAAAAUAACAAAAAUUAAAAAAUUCAGGCAUAAAAAAUUUAGUUAACCAAAAUUAAUUAGUACUCAUUUGCAGAAAACAAACAACUGUAAAAGUAUCCAUUUCAGCCAACUAGAGAAACGUUAGUGUUCCAAGACGUUCAUAAAAGUCAGAACAGUUCAUGACUAGUACCAAAUCAGAAAUUCCCACGUGUUCUCCUGCCUUCCUAUUGGUUGUUUCCUUCCUUUAUAUUCCUUACCAAUAAAACAACACCAUCUCCAAAUUUUCUUUCUUUUUCCUCCUUUUUCUCUACGGAAAAGCAGACAGAAGAAAGCGUUUGCCUUUGCUAGUUUAAACUCUAUUCCUCAUUUCCCAUAACUAAAUUUAUCGAUCACAUUCUAGCAAAAUCCCAAAAUGGGAAAUGCCUUGAGAUUCCUUUAUGGACAUUGUUGCAAGCCCACUACAGCCGGCGACUCUGAAUCGUUGGGUCCUCACGGCGUUUCGGCCGCCACAGUUGGCGUUUCAGCUCUUGCCCGUGAUAUAUUUCAUUUUGAGAUCACCUCUCAGGUCCCACAAGAGCUCAGUAAACAUGUGAUCUCUUCCAAGAAGGCUCAAGCUAAUUGGUAUAGAAAGUUAUUAGAGGCCUGGAGAGAAGCAAAACCCCCACCAAAAACACCAGAAGAAGCUGCUAGGUUUGUUAUUCAGACCUUGAAGAGACACCAGAAAGCAGAUGUUGAGGGUUUAUUGGCUUACUAUGGUCUACCACUUCCUCAUACUCUAGUUGAACUUUCUUCUGGUGUCCCGACAUCAUUGCCUGAAGGAGUGAAAUUUGAGUUGCUGACCCUACCAGUGGAUGCAAGAGCUGUGCCUGAUGGAGACACUAUAUCUGUUUAUGUUAGCACUGCUGAUCCCAGGGAAUCUUCUUGUGUUCCAAGGGAUGUUCAAAUGGCAGCUGAUCAAAGAUCAAAGGCGCGGGCUGAAAGAAAUUAUGAUAAGGCCGAUGCUCUGCACAAGAAAAUUAUUGAUGCCGGAUAUCGGGUGAUUAACAUUAACAACGAGGAGAUUCUUGCUCGUAAGUAUCGCAUUCGACUAAGGGGAAUAGAUGCACCAGAGAGUAAAAUGCCAUAUGGUAAAGAGGCACAGCAGGAGCUUGUUAAGCUUGUCGAGGGCAAAUGUCUAAGGGUCCUUGUCUAUGGCGAAGAUCGCUAUGGCCGCAGUGUAGGUGAUGUUUAUAGCAAUGGUAUAUUUGCACAGGAAGUAAUGCUGAAGAAAGGAUGCGCAUGGCAUUAUACUGCCUAUGACCAACGGUAUGAACUGGCAACUUGGGAGAAAGAGGCUCGGGCAAAACGCAUAGGCUUAUGGGCUUCAUCAAACCCAGAGAAACCAUGGGAAUGGAGAAAGGACAGAAGAGAAGGCAAAUGAUUUUUAACUUGCCCUGAAUCACACUAAACAGCUACAAUCAAAAACCAAAGACAACAGAGAGAACAGGGACACCUGCAGAUUGCGAGCCAGUAUUAUUUUGUUGUAUUUAACUAAUUCUGUAGCUCAACUGACAAAUGUUAAGGUUGGAGUGCCCAACUUUACAAGAGAGCUGCCCCUUCCUCUGGUGUAUAAUCCCCCUUUGUUUAUUAAAUGCAGAUGUAGCUAUUGCUUGACUAUUGAACUUUGCCAAUGAACAUGAAAUGCUCACAUUAUUUCUCUUA